GAUCGGACGGUGAUCAGGCACCCCACGGCGCUCCGCGUACGUUUAUCCACGCCUCGGCGCCUCGCUGGCGUCGUGUGCGGCUCGCUUCAGCCACGGCAAUGGCGGCGACCCGGCGCCUCUUCUCCUUCCACCUCCAUCUCGGCCCCCGCGCGUCCGCGCGUCCUUUCGCCGCCGCCGUCGCAACCCCCCACCACCGUGGAAAGCACGACGCGGUCAUGUGCAAGGCUGCCGGGAAGUCCAAGGCCAAGGCGAGCAAAGGCGGCGAGCGGCUGCAGAGGCGGGCGCUGGAGGAACACCUCAAGCGGCGCACCCGCUCCGCCGCCGCCUUCGACGCCGACCUCUACGGUCGCCACGCCAACGCCCACCACGUCCCCGUCUUGCUCGGCGAGGUCCUCGCCGCCUUCCGCCGGCCCCGCACGCUCCGCUCCUUCGUGGACUGCACCCUCGGCGCCGCCGGACACUCGCUCGCCAUGAUGGAGGCGCACCCGGAGAUGGAGCUGUAUAUUGGCAUGGACAUCGACCCCUCUGCCCUGGAGAUCGGCCGUGGGCACAUUGAGGCCUUCCUUGCCGGUAGGGAAGCGAAUAGAGGGGAAGGCGGUGCCUUGCAGGGGACACUGCGUGCCUACACUCACGUCAAGAACUUCAAAUACAUCAAGCAAGUUCUUGGUGGCGUGGACGAGAGCCUAGCGGUUGGCUUGUCUGGAGUUGACGGCAUCCUCAUUGACCUUGGCAUGUCAUCCAUGCAGGUGAACAGAUCAAAUAGGGGAUUCAGUGUGCUCCAGGAUGGUCCUCUUGAUAUGCGCAUGGACCCUAAGGCCACUUUAAGAGCAGAAGAUAUCUUGAAUUCUUGGCCUGAGCUUGAAGUUGGGCGUGUCCUGCGUGAUUAUGGGGAGGAAAGUAAUUGGCAAUCCCUUCAGAAGCAAAUUGUUAAAGCCCGGGCAACAGGUGGUUUGCACUCUACUGGAGAGCUUGUCAAACUUAUCCAGCGAAUGUGCACCAUCUCACGAGGGCGGCAAGGCUGGAUUAAGACUGCGACAAGGGUGUUUCAGGCCCUCAGGAUCGCAGUUAAUGAUGAACUCCGGACUUUGGAAGAUGCACUCCAUUCAUGCUUUGACUGCCUAGGAACAGGUGGCCGUCUUGCUGUGAUCUCGUUCCACAGUUUGGAGGACAGAAUUGUGAAGCAGACCUUCUUGGACCUUAUUCAUGGGGAUGAAGCGGAUGAACCAGAUGAUGAAGACAGCGUGGAACUGACUGAUAUCAAUGAUGAAGACGAACCAUGGUUUAAGCAGAGAGUGCAGGGAAAGAAUGGAGCCAUCCUAACAAAAAGACCAAUAACCCCUUGUCAAGAGGAAGAGGAACUAAAUCAGAGGUGCAGAAGUGCAAAGCUUAGAGUGAUCCAGAAGUCCUGAAUAACUUUGGAUAGCUUUUGAUGCGUUGCCGAGGACAUUGGCACAUAGAAAGUCUGAAUGAGUUCCUCACAAGCGUACACUACUGGUAAGGAUCACCAGAACGCGUACACUCGUAAGGAUCACCAGAACAAUUACCUCAAUAGAAUGAGACGGCGGUGUUUUUCCUCGGCAUGGAAACUAGAGGCUUUAUGUUAAGACGGCGGUGUAUCUGCAUCAUUUUUUGUACUUCAUUUAUGUAUAUCAGUAUGUCCUCUGUAAGAUCAUUAUCUUGCAUGAUGCAAUAAUAGUUUAUAGUUUGUUUAA